AAGAUCAAGCCGCAACAGCAGCACAGCCGCCACAGCCGUCAACAGUGGUCAUGGCUGUUGGAUUUCCCCUGGCAAAACUUGGCGCGUUAGUCAUUAAACAAGUGUCCAAACCUCUUGCUAACGUUGCCAAGAAUCGCGCCAAAAACAGCCACUUCUUCAGGACGUAUGUGUUGAUGCCACCAGCCCAGUUCUAUCAUUGGUGUGAAGUUCGACUAAAAAUGUACGUCAUGAACAUUGGGAGAUCCGGACAGAAGACCACCAUACCAAAGCUGAGUGAAGAAGCAGCAAUAGAAUUGGGAGGGAAUUUACUUGGUGAAGGAGUUAUAUUUAGUAUAGCUGUAGUGAUCCUGGCUUUUGAAGUUUCACGUCAGAAAGAGAAGGAAAAGAAGAAGGAGGAAGCUGAACGAGCCUUCAUUGACAGCUUAGAAAAUCGGAUAAAUGAAUUAACAUUUGCUACUGAAGAGCUUGAUACAAAACUUCGAGAAGUGACAAGAAUAGCAUAUGCAAUGCAACACCAAGCUAAAACACAACAGUUAAUCCUGGCCAGUGUCCUGAUGAAAAUUUAAUAAUUUGAGUCCAGACGGCCAACAAAUGACUUCAAACAACGCACACCUCACACACUUCCAGAAACGGUCAAUAGAUGGCAGCACUGCUGUGGCAGACGAUUGUAAACAAGUCCAGCCUACGCUAGUGAACAUUGUGUAUUGUCUGAUAUCAGUGAGCAAAUUUGUGCAUUUAUCAGUAUGUUAGAACUCUUAUUGUAUCCCAAGGAUGUUAGGUGUAAGUUAGUGGCCCUACCUGUGACAUAAAAGUUGAAAUUAAUAAGAUAAUUAGAGAAAAUUAGAGUUGCGAGUGUUUGUGUGGAAUAUGGUGUGGCCAAGCAAACUGUGUCGGACAUUAGAAAUUCAAAAGAUAAGCUGGUUCAAUAUUGUUUUUUUUUUUUUUUUUGUUGUAAGAGUGAGAACUACCAAGGGCAAAAAAAUGAAUAUUAGAAAAAAAAGGCCAACUUGCAUUGCAGUCUUCAUAAAACAAUCACAAGAAUGAGUCAAAAUUCAGGGACAAAUGUCUCGACACCUCUCUCAAAAGAAGUUGAGUCAUAGAAAGAUGGAAAUACAGAAGGAGGUAGGAAGUUCCAGAGUUUACCAAUGAAAGGUAUGAAUGAUUGAGAAUACAGGAAUAACCCGCUAUUCGAAGGUUUGAUAACUGAAGAUUCACUCUUUCGAAAAUGAAAAAUUAGGGAACAUUUUUGCAAUCUGAAUGGUUUGCUUCGCUCUUUCGAAUUUGAAAUUGCCGCCAAAUUUUGUUUGGCGUGAGGUGGUAAAAAGCAUUCCCGUCCCCAUCCUUGUCUAGUGAGCCUGAAAUUUUCUAACUAGUCAACUCUAACCCUCCAAAAUAUCUACAAAACCCUCCAAAACCUCAAAUGAGUUGCAGAAAUUGAGACCAUAUAUGGCAACCCAGCUGCCUCCACAGUGACCCACACAGCUGUUUACCAACAGUCACCUAUGCAUUCUGGUUGAUGCCUGCCUGGCUGCAGACCAUCACGCAUGUUAUGUUAUUUUAUUUGUAAUGAAUUUCCAAAGAAAACAAAAUAUUUUGUGUUUUGUUAUGCUUUUCUUGGGGGGAAGAGGUAGAUAGUUAAUGGGAGUCAGGAGAGUGCUUGGACGUAUUGUCUCCUUUUAUUAACAUUCUUAUGGGAAAAAUUGCUUCAAUAACCGAAGAUUUGCUAUUCAAAUAGUUUUUCAGGUACAUAACCUCUUCAGUUCGAUCUUGUAUUGGAAGGUUGACAGAAUAGGGGUGAGAAGAAGAAGAAACUUUUGUGCGGCAAGGCCACAGAAGGAGGGGAGGCAUGCAGUUAGCAACAAGAUUA